UUAUUAGGUAUAUAUCAUUAUCGCUAUCGACCGUAAUUGUGGCUUAGUUGGUCAGGAAGAAACGUAAGGUCAACUGAUAGACGAUGUUAUUUCUAAUCUGGGUGGGGUUGAUCCUGGCUGCCCUCUGGUUGUACUACCACCAGGUGUACUCCAGGUUCAGUAAACAUGGCAUCAAGCAUUUCAAACCGCUCCCUAUACUGGGUAAUAUGGCCAGGCUUAUGUUCCGUAUUGAUCUGUUCACUGAAAGUAUAGAAAGAAAUUACUAUGCGUUUCCAGGGGAAAGGUUUAUCGGCAAAUACGAUUUUGUGCACCCAACCGUCAUGAUAAGGGAUAUCGAACUGGCCAAGAAGAUAGGGAUCAAGGAUUUCGAACACUUUCUAGACCACAGAAUAUUCUUGAACGAGAAAACUGAUGCGUUUUUCGGACGUAGUUUGAUCUCGUUGAAAGGUAAUGAUUGGAAAGACAUGCGCUCAACAUUGAGUCCAGCGUUCACCAGCUCCAAGAUGCGUUUUAUGGUACCUUUCAUGGUAGAUGUGGGCAAUCAAAUGAUUGAGACGUUGAAUAAAAAAAUCGCUGAGUCGGGAGUAGGUUACCUGGACGUCGAUAGUAAAGAUCUUGCCACAAGAUACGCCAACGAUGUCAUCGCGAGCUGUGCUUUUGGUUUAAAAGUAGACUCUCAUACAGAUCAAAACAACGAAUUUUACUUGAAAGGCAAAGGGUUGACAAAGAUAACGUUUAAACAAUUAAUAAAAAUGUUUGGAUUCAUGUUUGUCCCUAAAAUUAUGGAAAAAUUGAAAAUUGGUUUAUUCUCAAAGAGCCACGCUAACUAUUUCAAAAACGUCGUACAAUAUGCAAUGAAUGAUCGUGAGGAAAACAGGGUGGUGAGGCCUGACCUCAUCCAUCUGCUAAUGGAGGCCAAAAAAGGAAAAUUGUCCCACGAUAAAGAAAUGGCAACGGCAGAUGCUGGCUUCUCCACAGCAGAAGAAUCAGCGGUCGGGAAGAGAGAAGUAAACAAAGUCUGGUCAGACAACGAUUUGAUUGCUCAAGCCAUUUUGUUCUUCGUCGCUGGUUUUGAGACCGUAUCAUCAGCUAUGGCGUUUACUCUGCACGAACUGACUAUAAACCCUGAGGUUCAGGAGAAACUGGCGGAGGAGAUCAGGGAGAAUGACAGGAAAACUGGUGGCAAAUUUGAUUUCGACUCUAUUCAGAAUAUGGCAUAUAUGGACAUGGUUGUUUCAGAGGCCCUCAGGCUGUGGCCUCCAGCGGUGGGUUUGGACAGAAAGUGUAUCAAAGACUACAACCUGGGCAAACCCAACAGCGAAUCUAAAGAAGAUUUUAUAAUCCGUGAAGGAGAGGGUAUAGAAAUUCCUGUGUGGGCCUUUCAUCGGGACCCUAAUUACUUCCCAGACCCUCAGAAGUUCGACCCUGAAAGGUUCUCUGAAGAGAACAAGCACAACAUCAAACCUUAUACAUACAUGCCGUUUGGAAUUGGACCCAGAAAUUGUAUUGGUUCAAGAUUCGCGCUGUGUGAAGUCAAAGUGAUGUUAUACCAGCUGCUACGUGAUAUGGAGCUGGUGCCGUAUGAGAAGACAUGUAUACCGUCCGAGCUGGACCGACAGUCAGUGAACCUCAUGAUCAAAGGAGGCCAUUGGAUGCGGUUGAGGAUCAGACAAUAGAAGAACCACUUAUAUACCACGUGGACGAUAAAGGAAACUAGGAAACUGUAGGAUAUAUAAUAUAUAUCGUUGGUUAAAUAGAAAAAAGGCACUAUUCAAAAUGUAUUUUGUUUUUACAAGACAAGUAUUUAAA